AUGUCCGCAGAAAUGCAGUUGUUUGGCGCGCUGUUCUCUCUGGACGCUGCGCUAGGCUCAGCUUACAUCGGUACUAUCGCCGCCGCUAUAUUAUAUGGAUUUAAUACUAUGCAGACGUUCAUUUACUACAGACAAAGAGAAGAUAACAAAACUAGAAUGGGCAUGAUCUUUUUCCUCUGGAUACUAGACACUCUCCAGCUGGCUUUUAUUGUGCAAGCCGUCUACACUUAUACUAUCUCUGGUCUUGAAGAUCCUAUGGUGCUAGCGCAGCCGGUCUGGAGCCUUACAGCACAUGUCAUUAUCACCAGCUUGAGUGACGCGAUUAUGGUUUUGCCUGCGAGUUUGGAGAUCGAGCGGAACAAGUUCAUGGCCGCGUCAAUUAUAUUGACAUCUUUCGCGACAUUUGUGGCUGGGCUUUCUCCAUCUGGGGGUGGGUCUCAUGCGCUGUCGCUGGCACAUGAGAUUCUCAUUGAUUACGUUCGCAGAUUCACACAGCCGAAUUAUUACUUCAAGCUCCAGCAACUAUCGUAUUUCCUCUACGUCAACCUCGGAUCCGGCGCGAUCGCCGACACUCUGAUCGCCACAUUCCUUUGUGUUCUCUUGGCUCAGUGCCGCACUGGAUUUUCCAGGCGAUAUGGACUCCGUAAUCCGUGUGCUCAUGUUAUACAGCAUCAAUACAGGAUUGCUGACAAGCAUUUGUGCUAUUACUUGCUUACUCUUGCCACAAAUUUCGAGAAGUUUGGCUUCAUCGCGAUCUUUUUCGUACUUCCUAAACUAUUGCUCACAUCUCUACUUGCAAGUCUUACCGCGCGCCCCUACCUCAAGGAAAAGGCGCAACCAAGCACGACGUCGAGCGCCACGACGCUCCGGCCCCGGUUGCCCCCCCUCAGAGGCAUACAAGGCAACGGCUCUAUCCUGAGCUACCCAAGCGACCGCUCACGGAUUUUUGACAGCCCCCUCGCGUCCCCAACGGAAGUGGAGAUCAUGUCGAUGCACCAGUUGGUGGAGGAGGAGCUGAAUCGCUGGAAGGCCCCGUGGCAGCGACACCAGUCGUCCAUGUCGGCGUGA